AUGGCAUAUCAAAAUUACGAAACCAACUACACAGCAAGAUCAAACGACGAAUUCGCAAAUAAUAAUACACCAAAUUAUGUAGUAAACAAUGAUAACAGCCAUAUUAUCAGUUAUUAUGACGUCCCUAUUAAAGAUGCAGAUAAUGAAAAUGUUGACAUUGAAAAAAACUCCAAUAAAAAAAAUCAACAUGAAAAAGUUAUGUCUAAAGAUGCUGUCAAAUGGUAUAAAAAUACCAAAGCUAUUUUGACUGCUUUCAAAUCAAAUUUUUUGUUGAUUUUUUUACCUCCUGCUAUUAUUUUGAAGAGAUUUCAAUUCAAUUCGGGUUUAAUAUUUAUAUUUAAUUUUUUGGCAAUAAUUCCUUUAUCCAAAAUUAUGACUGUUGGAAUUGAUGAUUUCGCGACAAGAUUGCCUCCAGCAUAUGGCGUAGUUCUACAUGCUUGUGCUGGAAACUUUGUCGAACUUGUUAUCUUAGGUUAUGCUUUAAUGGACAGAAACUAUGCAAUCGUCCGUUCUUCCUUGCUUGGUGCUAUUCUGUGUAAUAUCUUGUUGAUUCUUGGUGUAGUCUUUUUGGCUGGUUCAUGGCCUACAAAACAUCGUGACAAUAAGAAUAAUAAUACUGAAUUGAGUACUCAAUUAUGGAUAUCAACUAGUGCUUCAACACUUGCUCUUGCUGUUCUUGCUCUUGUUACUCCUGCUGCAUUCAGGCUUGCUGCUCCUGAAGGUACCGGCAUUGAAUGUGAUAUUCAAACCCUUAGUCAUGCUACUGCUAUUAUUCUAUUACUAGUAUAUGCUGGUCUUUUGGUGUUUCAGUUGAAGACUCAUGCUAAUGAGGCUAUUGAUACAGAUGAACAUGUUAAAAAAACUGCUCAAUAUUUCCUUAUUUAUGAUGUGUUUUUGGUUGCCUUGUCUGUUACUGGUAUUACUGUAUGUGCAAGAUACCUUGUGACAAGUAUAGAACAUUUGGCUCAAACUUUUAGAGUUGGAAACGGUUUCAUUGGGAUGGUCCUUAUACCUCUUUGUGUGGUAUCAAACUUUAUGGAACACUAUGAAGCUAUUAAAGAAGCCUCUGAAGAUAAGGUCGAUACAGCUCAAAUUGCUCUUUUAAUUGGCCCUCUUCUUGUUCUUAUCGGUUGGAUGACUUCAAGGCCACUAACUUUAGAUUUCAACGUAUUGGAAGUCAGUGUGUUGGCUUGUGCUGUGCUAAUUGUUAAUUAUCUAGUUGCUGACGGUAAAGCUAAUUGGUUAGAAGGAUAUAUGCUUAUUAUGUCUUAUAUUAUGAUAGCUGUUGCAUUCUUCUAUCUUCCAAAUAUACCCGAUCUUCCUGAAAAUCUUAACUGUAGCCCUUGGAGCAGAAAUCUUCCUCCAGGUUCAGGAAUUAAUAUUGAAGAUCUUACUUCUAUUCCUACUCAUUAA